CUCGACUCUCACCCUUGAGCCCCUCGGACCAAUUUUUCGGACUCGGAGAUAGAUGUGAUCCUCAAUGGCCAAAGGCACAAUGUUCUUGUCUAGUUCAACUAUAAAAGCAUGGCAUGUUUCAGCUUCAGGUCUAAUCUAUCCUCACCCAUCUCAACCAACUUUAUAGACCUACAGACAUAAAUCACACAUCUCGAACUCACCUUCCUGCACGCUGUCCGACUUUUCGUUGGCUAUAACUACAUUUGUCAUCAGAUAGCCACCAUGAGCACCCCCACCAACGCUGCUGCGUGGCUUACCACAGCCGAGGGUUACCCUUUCGAAGUCAAGGAAGCACCUGUGUGGAAGCCCGAAGAAAAUGAGAUUCUGAUACGGAAUCAUGCUGUUGCUAUCAACCCGGUCGACGGUAGCCUCCAGACUAAAGCCUGGUGACCUAUGAAUAUCCCACGAUUCUGGGACAAGACGUGGCUGGCGAAGUGAUUGCGGUCGGACCAAAUGUGGCACACUUUAAGCCUGGAGAUCGCGUCGUGGGCCAUACGGUUGGCAUGGCCACUAAGCGCAAUCAGGACAAUGCAUUCCAGAACUAUACAAUCUUACAGGUAAACAUGGCCAGCAAACUACCUGACCAUAUUUCCUACCAAAAUGCCGCGGUCAUCCCUCAGGGGUUCUCAGCCGCAGCCUCGGGCCUGUUUCAGGAUACCUUUCUGAAGCUGCAGCUUCCGACGAAGCCCAGCAACCAGCAUACUGGGAAGACUCUUUUAGUCUGUGGCGGUGCAUCCAGCGUUGGCAGCAAUGCAAUACAACUUGAUGUUGCUGCUGGGUACGAAGUGAUCGCCACCGCAUCGGCCAAGAACUUUGACUAUGUGAAGAAACUGGGUUCUAGUCAGGUAUUCGACUACCACAGCCCAACUGUUGGCGAAGAUCUCAUCCAGGUCCUGAGAGGUAAAACCCUUGCUGGUGCCAUGGACUGCAUUGGCUUCUCUGCAACUCCUAUCUGCAUGGAUGUGGUGCAUAAAUCCGAAGGAAACAAGUCCGUGAUCACCGUUAAAGGUGGCUUUCCGACUCCCCCAGUCGGUGUUUCCGUGAAGAAUGUCUUCGGUACCACAAUCAAGGAUAACUUUGUCGGUAAAGCUGUGCAUGUAGACUUUCUUCCCUUGACAUUGGCGGUGGGAAGUUUUGUCCCUUCUCUUUAGGCGUUGGUUGCAAGCAAAGGACUGGAGGGUGUUCAGGCAGAGGUUGAUCUUCAUGCUGCUAGGGGAAUAUCUGCGCAGAAAGUGGUUGUUAUGCUGUGAAGCGGGGAUGUACUGUAUCUAAUGUUAUUCUGAAAUUUUUGUCGAUUGUCUUUGGUGAAGGUCCAUGGGAUACCUAGUUGUAUCGUGAUAAGCGUUAUUCCAUGGGACUUCUAUAUAACUAGCAAUAUCUAUAGGUAGUAUCGG